UAAUAUUAUACUUGGUAGGUACCUAUAAGACUAUAAAUUGUCUAUAACAAUUUACAAUAAUAUUAUACAUACAACAUACUGUCCAUAACAGAAAGACAAUGAUAUUGCCCAAACGUGACGUCACUCAGAUGUCGGCGUCGAUGUAAUAUUAUUAUUUUGCCGCGUCUAUUAUUAGUUUAUAUUGUCGGAGAAACAUUUUUCGGGGUAUUCCGUGAGGUUCCAAGCCCGUGAGGUUUGUUUACGAUACGUUUAUUCAAACACUGCUUAUUCGGUAAUUUCCAACGUUUGGAGAGCGAGGGCCGAGGAUAUCCUUGAUGUUUCCGUUAACCACUCUGACACUGCCGCCGCGGCUGUUUAUUCCGCAUUCGUCUUCAUCGCUCGACAUCGAUCGCACUGUUUUCGUGCGUUUUUUUUUUGUCGGACCCGCGAAUGCUAUUGUACAUAAAUACAUAAUAAUCUUAUAUUGUACAAUAUAAAGUACCUAGUGCUAACACUACGUCUUAUGCUGUGACGAAACGAUUCUUGAUCUACUACGGCCUGACAAAUUAUUAGCGACACCAUUUUCCCGAGUAUUGACAUUAAGGUUAUUAAUACCAACGUUGCAAUAAUGAGUGGAAAAAGCAUGCCGUUAAAUGGAGUUACUACCUCAAAUAGUCAAAUAAACAAAAAACAAAAAAAAAAACAAAAAAAGAAUUUAAAGAACAAAUUAUCAGAUGUUAAAAAAAAUAAACUUGUUGAAGAGUUAUUGAAAGAUUGGGAAAAUGAUGGUCGUGUUUACAGUGAAGAUUUAGAUCUUGAUAUAAUUGGAAUUUUACCAAUCACAAAUGAAGUUGUACCGAAGAACAAAUUAUCAGACGUUAAAAAAGAUAAACUUGUUGAAGAGUUAUUGAAAGAUUGGGAAAAUGAUGAUUAAAAUAUAAGUGAAAUUUCAUUUAUUAAUUGUUCUGUACAAUUAACAUAAAUAAUAAUGUAUUGUUAAUGCCUAAUGGUAAAUCCUCUUUAUAUUAGGUUCAAUAACUUAAAAAAAAUAAACAUAAUUUACAAAAUAUUUAUUAUUGCUGUUUGGUAGUACCUAUAUAACCUAUAUAUGCUUAAAGUGAGUUGAAGUUCUGUCCGUUUGUAUUGUGUAUUUGUGUCAAAUAUAACUUUUGCAGUUGGUCUCAAUGUCCUUAAAAACAUUGUAUUAUUAUUAUUAUUAUUAGUAUUAUACACUAGGCGGCAAUUUUACAUAAAAUUAAU